UCUAUCUGUGGGAGGUUUAGCGGUAUCAGGUAAUAACUAGUGAGUGAGCGGGGGGAUACACGCACUGACAAACUAUCCUGUUCCGAGAGAGAAAUGAAUUAGCAUAAAGAAGGUGCUGCGCAUCCAAUCACACAACACAACUGCAAUGAAAGGACGCGCCCCUCCCUCCCGAUUUAUAAUCUGCCCAAGCAUUCUAAGGGCACGGAAUGUUGCCAUGGAACGUUAGUGCCAGUCGAUGACACAGUGACCUGUGGCGCUGCGAAGUUUCGGUACCCGCCUCCUUCCCAGGGGUAGGCUUCCUGCUUAGAGGACCUCACUUACACCUCCCUCCGCCCCUCUCUCCUGAACAGCGCUCUGCUAUCAUUGGUCUCCGCUGAGGAGGCACAGCGCACAGCUCCUGUUAGAGCACACGGGCCGCCUGUCAUAUGUUUGGCUCCUCAUUACUAUCUGGGACCAGCAGUAGCAGCAGUUCCGCUAAGUCCCAGUGCUGCCCCAGGCAGAGGAUUCAUAAUGCGUCUCCUAUAUGAGAAUGCUGAUAAGUAGAGGUGCGCCACUGUAGACGCCUGGCACUUAGUAACUUUCAUAGGGGCUUCUGUUCGGUGGGCACCACAGAGGGGUGUCACGUGCAUAGGAAAGUGGGCACUAUCUGUGCUGAAGGCUGGGGUCGCUGUCAUGCUUGUGUGCUGAGGUGAAGAGGAGAAAGUGAAUCAGGAGUGGUAUGUCCAUGUGCACUCACGCCGGACUUGUCACUUUCCGGAUGGGGAGGAUACAGUGUGGAGUUUGUGGUACAGACACCUCUGCUUACCUGCUGGUAUAGUCUUUCUAAAAUGGACAAUCUGCUAACUACCAUCAACUAAAGUAGAAAAAAAAACGUACACACCAACAAAGCCGAUAAGUAUAACACCAGGCGGAAUGAAUGGGAGAACCUGCAAUAUGAGCCAUCGAGUAGCAGCAUCUUCUCAGGCACCCAGUAUGAUCAAUGGACAGCAGAUCCCCCCCAUUAGAGUCCAUACAGGAACUCCCUGCCCUUCCUCCAAUAGUGCCACUCCCAGCCCUGCGAACGGUGGCCUAUAUUUAAAGAUGCCUAUGGGUGGUGGUGUAGCUCCUCAGAGCAGUGAGAGCAACGUACACUUUCCUGUUUUAAGUCCCAGGAGGCAAGUCAUCACAAAUGGAAAGCCUUUAUUCCAAGUUCCCCAGCCUCCAAAUCUACAGGCCUCCUCGUUAUCCAAGCCAAAACAUCAGGAGUUUGGAGCUGCUUUCCCAGCAGGAUGUUUAAAAGGAAGCCUUGGCUUUGGGCCACAGAGCAAGACUUCAGGGAAAGACAAUUGCAACAAUCUCAUGGUCACCAGCAGCCCCAUGAUGGUUCAACGAUUGGGUCCUAUUUCACCUCCUGCCAACCGGGCUGCAACAGCAUGCAACCAGAUUGGUCCCAGCCUACAGAGGACAUUAAAUCUACAGCACUUAGCCAUACCUCCAUCUGAUACAAGAUCGCUUAUGUCUCGUGAGUCUCUUGCUUCCACUACUUUAAGCUUGACAGAGAGUCAUUCAACAAUGAGUGUAAAACAAGAAUGGUCUCAUGGUUACAGGAUCCUUCCAUCAAAUUAUGGUUCCCAAAACAGUAGUGAUCCUGGAGAUAUUGUUAGCAUUCCCCCAGGAACAUCUAUGUCCAAUAAUAGUGUCACAAACUUAUUGCCCUCUUAUCUUUUUGGCUUGGAGAACAACUGUUCACCUUAUCCCAGUCCCAGACAUUCUUCCACCAGGUCCCAUUCAGCACGAUCGAAAAAAAGAGCACUUUCUCUGUCGCCACUGUCUGAUGGUAUUGGUAUGGAUUUCAAUACAAUAAUUCGUACUUCUCCAACAUCUUUAGUUGCCUACAUCAAUGGGUCAAGAGCCUCUCCAGCAAACUUUUCCCCCCAAUCUGAAGUGUAUGGACACUUCCUGGGUGUGAGAGGUAGUUGUAUUCCUCCCUCAUGUGCUGGAUCAAAUUCUCAGAGAAGUCUUCUUGCUACCACUGACAACAGCUCACUUCCUGAGAAUGUGACUACAGAAUAUCAUCGUAUGCAACAGCUGGAACAAAAUCAUUUGCAGUCUGAUCCCAUGAACAACAUGGUGGUUAGGCAAGGCAUUGGUGUAACUGACAGCCAGUCAAUGGCUGCAUUAAAAAGUGAAAGGGUAGAGGACUAUUCAGGAGGCAUGUCCACUCCUCUUCCAGCUGCCCCUUCCCAUCAAGGCCCUCCUCCUCCUUACCAUGCCCAUCAGCACAUACAUCAACAUGACCUUUUAAAUCAGUCCCACCGGCUCUCACUCCCACCAACUGAUCCGGUGCCUUUGCUAGAAGAAGAGGGUGAGAUUGAUGAUUUUAAUGGUAAGCGCUGUUGCAGAUGGAUUGAUUGUAAUGCGAUGUAUGAACAACAGGAGGAACUUGUACGGCACUUAGAGAAAGUUCAUAUAGAUCAGAGAAAAGGUGAAGACUUUGCCUGUUUUUGGGCUGGAUGCCCUAGAAGAUAUAAGCCCUUUAAUGCCCGAUAUAAACUUCUCAUUCAUAUGCGUGUCCACUCAGGGGAGAAACCAAACAAGUGUACGUUUGAAGGCUGUAAGAAAGCAUUUUCAAGACUAGAAAAUCUAAAAAUUCAUUUACGAAGUCACACAGGAGAGAAACCCUAUAUUUGUCAGCAUCCUGGCUGUCAGAAGGCCUUCAGUAACUCAAGUGACCGUGCCAAGCAUCAAAGGACACACCUGGAUACUAAACCUUAUGCAUGCCAGAUUCCAGGAUGUAGCAAACGGUAUACUGAUCCAAGCUCACUAAGAAAGCAUGUAAAAGCCCAUUCCUCCAAAGAUCAACAAGUCAGGAAAAAGUUACGAUCAAGGACAGAACUUGACCAGGAAAUUCUCAAUGACUGCCUUACAAUUCAACCUCUGCAGCAUGCAACUUCAAUACAGGAUCAUUCAGAGAGCAGUAUGGGAAGGUCUCCUGGCCCUGUUCAUGAUGUCUACCCAGGGGCAAUAUUUUCAAGCCCUCACUCAAGCAGAAGCGGAACAGCAGGAGGAACGGUCCCUCCCAGUCAUCCUUCUCCAGGGAGCAAUAUGCAGAGCAGUCCUCACAAUCCACUUUCUCAGUUACCUCCUCUCACACCAAUGGAGCCAGGAUCUGAUAGGUUUAGAGGUGCAGCUCCUUCACCGCAUCACCUGAGCCCACAACGCCUAACUGGUCCCCCAGGCAUGAUGCAGAGACGAACACCUCAACCAGCCCAGGCCCAACAGACAGAUGGCACUUAUAGGAAGGCCUAUCCUACCAUAACAAACCCUUCUGUACAGUCUAGCAAUCUUCAUGUCCAAGGAUUUUAUGGGCAGCUGCAGACGUUUUGUCCGUCACAUUACAGUGAUUCUCCAAGAAACAUGCAGCAUGGCAGCACAUGCAAUAUGGGGCCACUUUUUGAGGACUGCUUGACUAAUGCGUGUGGAAACAAAACAGAAUUUGAUGCCUUCCACAGGGCUUUUACCUCUCACUCUGGCAUUACAGUUUAUGACUUCCCCGGUGGUUCGUCAGGCCUUUUUGGGGACUCGCAAAGAAACGGCUCAGAAGACAUGAGUUUCCUUCAAAUUAAUGCAAUAGAUCGCUGUCCUAGCCAACUCUCAUCGAUUUACACUGAAGGAUAAGGACUAAUUCUGCUGCGCCAUUUCUCUAGCCAACACAUACAGGUCAACAAUUGCCAGGCGUCCUAAUCACUUGAGAGAACAACUCAAUAAUACUUGUGCCAACCCUUGUGAAUUUCAUCAUUUUUAUUUAAUAUAUAUUGGCCUCCAAGGUUUUUUUCUAUUAAAAGGAAGGAUAAAGGAACUGAAAAGUACACAUACAUUUUUAUACGAUUUUUGUAAUGCAUUGAACACAAUGCUCUUGGAAAAGAAUCAGAACACGCAGUACUAAAGGCACGACUGGAAAACCAACAUUGUAUUAUUAUGUCACCCUGUCUCCACCUGAAAGUGUUAUCAAGGUGCCAUGAGAGAUCUCAUUCACACAAAAUCAGUCUGGUUUCAAAAGCUAUUUCUAAUUUUUUUUUCUCUUUUUAAGCCACAUAUGGCUUUCAGCUUGUUGUGAGCAACUGGACCUCAGUCUAACUAUAUCAUGGAGAAGGAAUGUAAAGAAUUGCAUUUAUAUGCUCUGCUGUAUGCGGAACCCUAUAUUUGUUUAGCAUAUACAGUUUUAUAUCCAGUAACCCAAAUGGGUUUUACUACUAGCAAUAGGAUGCAAAUGCUCUUGUCAUCUCUUCACUAGUGUGCACUAAGCAGCAAAUAUGAAUGAUGGUGACCUUACAAUGUAGAGUACUGGUUUGUACAGUAUUUUAUUCUGUAUUAACCAACUGCAUGAGUGUGUGGAAAUGGGACAAUCAGAUGGAAGCAUAUAAGAAGAAAAUGCUCAUGAUCAAGCAAACCGCUCAUUAAGGCUAUGAAAAAAGACAUUUAGGGGGAUAUUUAUCAAAGUCCGAAUUUAUCUCAAUAUUCUCUGCUACACACUCCGGUU